GUAAACUAUACGCGCGUAAGUAGGAAGCAAAACAGUAAUUGACUGGCGAAAGUGGUAUAAACUUAAGUUUAUCAGCUGUUUAGGUAAUUGAAUUGCUGCAUAUAUUUGGCCAAAUAAGCAAGUGACAGUUUCUACUUUAUAGGACUGCGAAGCAGUUUCAAAACAGACUGCGAACACGUGGGUUGCGCAGUAAAUCAUAAAUGAAUUAAAUAUUGUGCUACACACUUAUUUUGUAGUUUCUUGUAUAUUUUUUAGUGAAAAAGAGUAAGAAUGGGAGAAGACUUUCAGGUGGUAAAUGCUGAUGGUGAAAGUGACUCAGGACGAAUUAAGCUGAAGAAGGAAAUAGGACUACACAAUGCAGUCGCGAUUAUUGUGGGGGUCAUCGUGGGGAGUGGAAUUUUCAUCAGCCCGAAAGGAGUUCUUAUGGAAGCAGGGUCUGUGGGGCUGUCGUUGUCUGUAUGGGGGAUGUGUGGUAUCAUUUCACUUGUAGGAGCUUUGUGUUAUGCAGAACUUGGAACUUGCAUUCUUAAAUCAGGUGCUGACUAUGCAUACAUUGGUGAAGCAUUUGGACAUUUACCUGCGUUUCUGUACUUAUGGGUUGCUUUGGUUAUUAUCAUGCCAACAGGGAAUGCCAUAACAGCAUUGACAUUUGCCAAAUAUGUUCUGCAACCAAUAUUUCCAGACUGCGAAGUGCCUUCAAGUGCAGCGAGUCUCUUAGCAGCAUUGUGCAUUACUGUCCUGACAUUCAUUAACUGCUACAAUGUGAAGUGGGCGACACGUGUCCAGGAUGUUUUCACCGUGGCCAAAAUCAUCGCCUUGGUUAUGAUCAUUAUCACUGGCAUUGUGAAAUUUGUAACCAAUGAUCAGGUAGAAAGUUUUGAUGAACCAUGGGAAGGUACAACAACAAACCUUGGUAACAUAGCAUUCUCGUUCUACUCUGGUCUCUUCUCAUACGCAGGAUGGAACUACCUUAACUUUGUGACUGAAGAACUAAAGGACCCAUACAGAAAUCUACCUCGAGCAAUUUGGAUAUCCAUUCCUUUGGUGACAAUCAUUUACGUGCUAGCAAAUAUUGCAUACUUCACAGUUCUCAACCCGCAUGAAAUGUUGGCAUCAGAUGCUGUGGCUGUCACAUUUGCAGAUCGUACCUAUGGUGUAAUGAAGUGGAUCAUGCCUGUUUUUGUUGCGUGUUCCACAUUUGGUGGUGUUAAUGGAGCCAUCUUUACAUCUGCCAGGUUAUAUUUUGUUGGUGCACGGCAAGGACAUUUACCCGGCUUCCUGGCAACCAUCAGUACAAAGAGAUUCACACCUAUGCCUUCAUUAAUAUUUGGUUGUAUUUUUUCGUUGAUCAUGUUGAGUUUUGAUGACGUAUUUGCAUUAAUCAACUAUGGCAGCUAUGUAACUUCAGCAUUUAUGGCCGUUUCUAUAGCGGCACUGUUGUGUUUACGGUAUACACAACCAGAUCUCAAACGACCUAUUAAAGUUUUUAUUGGUUUUCCAAUAUUUUUCAUGGUGAUAUGUCUGUUUUUGAUGAUUACACCAUUAACAAACAGUCCUAUGGAAUGUUUUAUGGGAAUUAUCAUGGUGUGUACAGGUAUUCCGGUGUACAUUAUCGGGGUGAUGUGGAAGUCCAAGCCUCGGGUCUUCACAGACUUGUUAGAAAAAUUUUCUCUUCUAACACAAAAGACCUGUAUGAGUGUAAUGGAAGAAAUGGAAGAAAUGAAAGAGGACUGAACAUUGCAAUUACAUGAAGGAAAGACUUUUAUUAUUUGUUGACUUCGAGCGGAGUUAAGAUAGUGAUGUUGACUAUUUAAGAGAGAAACAAAAGAUUUUAAAGUAUCAUCAACAGAGCAUUAUCUGGAGAAAAUAGUGAUGUUAUCUCUAGUUCUUUCAUGACUUAAAACAUCUCGCAUUACGAGAUGAGUAUCUGUGAUGGUUUUACUGAUUGAGGGACAGACUGGAGAGAAAUUACAGAUGAUGUGAAAUAUGAUUGUUUACUUUGAUAAGCUUAUGUUAUGGAAAUGUUUAGAGAGGAUGACUUUAGAUUUUUUAAAAAAAGCUAGGUGUUUGUUGUUUUGAUCAAAUAUUGGUAUUAUGAAUCUCAGACAAGAUGCAGAGCAUGAUCUGUGUAUGAAAAAUGCUCAGUCAGUGACAUUUAUUUUUGCUGUUUCAUAGAUGUAACUGAGAAGAUAUUGCCCUUUAUAUAAUCAUUUCAUUGUAAAUUAUACAGAACAUUGAGUCACUGCAUUAUAAGCAAUCUACUUUUCUAACUCCCCACUUAUUUUUGUGUGUGUGUUAUCUCUCCUAAAUAUAGGCCGAUUUUAAUGAAAAUUUAACAUAGAUGUUAAAUGAUGUAUGUCAGCUUAUUAUCUCUUUUUUAUGUUUUAUUUAAUGCAAAUAAUCCGAGAUAAUAGCCAAAAAACAACAACUUUUAAAUAACUGGAGUUAGAAAAGAUAAUGAUUAGAGGUACACAUACACAGGGCAUGUAAUGAAAUGUAAUAAAUCUUCACCAAGUCAGUUAUGUUAAAGACAUUUUAAUAGAUCUAUUCUUUAAUGCAUUUUACAUUUUUAGUGCAAAGUGUUGAAAGGCUGAUAUUAAUAUAUUUUUUACGUACUUGAUACUGUCUGUUAAGUCUUGUCCGGUUUUAGAUGAGGUCUGAAAUAUUUUGUUAUGCAUGUUUGAAUACCAGUGAUAUUAGUUGUAUAUUUUCAAUGAAAUUGUGAUAUGUUUUCUUAAAUGUAAGGUGUUUUCAGUUACAGCAUAUAACAGUCAGAAUGGUAGAUCCAACACGUGGACAAACUAGCAAUAAAAUACCUCUGUUAUUAUUUACAACAAGAUUCACAUUUUCCUUUAAUAACAACAUUUUUAAGGACAAUACCAUUUAUGUUGAUACUGAUUACAUAGAUCUGAAAGACCACUUACGAUUUAUUUUGUAAAUACGUAAUAUUGUAGUGCCCAUUUUAGUAUUAGAAAAAAAGUGUUUUGUGAGUGUUGGAUUUAUCAGUUUGUCAGUGUAACAGUUUCCGUUGGUGUAAUUAGCCAAUUUAACCCUGUAAGUUUAACUAUUAAGUUAAAAUUGAGCCGCAUCAUGAGAAAACCAGCAUAGUGCAUUUGCAUCCAUGCAGUCUGGUCAGGAUCCAUGCUGUUCGCUAACAGUUUCUUUAAUUGCAAUAGGCGGAUGUGCAGUCUGGUCUGGAUCCAUGCUGGUCGCAAAUGCACUAUGUUGGUUUUCUCAUGGCGCGGCUCAAAUGUUUGUUCAUGUUUAUGUUGUAUUGUUUUUGUUUGAAGACUAAUCCCUUCAGUUUGUAUGACAUUAAGUGAAAUCCAAGGAAAGAAAUUGCUUUGAAUCCGGUGAUGAAAUAAUCUCACAUCUAACAUGAAGUUUGUUAUUUAUUGUGAUAUUUGAGAGGACUGUUUUAAAUAUAGAUUUCAGAAUUUGAUAUUAGAUUUUUAAGUUUAUUUUAAGCAAUAGUGAGUAGAUAUAGUGUGUUCAUUUUACAGUUGAAGUUUUCUUUUUGCAGCAAAACAAUCAGUUUCAUUUUGAAAGCAUUUUUUGUCAUCUAGGAGAUUUUUGAUUUUUUCUUGAAGUUAUUUGAUCUGGGUUUCAAAUUUUAGGUGUUCAGUUUACACUGCCUUUUAUACUUCAGCUUGUUUUUGUAUAUUUAAUCAUUGUAAAAUUUGUAUACAUGUUUCUUAUACAUACUUUACUUAAUUGUUUUAUGAAGAAAAAUCUUCCCCCAAAAGUUACAUUGCAAACCAUUGCCUUCUGGUUGUAAGGAUGAGGGAAUGUUGGCAUGCUCAAAUUAGGGAGGCAUUUUUGCACACAGAUACUACCUGGUUUUCAAGGUUAUAUUUUUUUUGGGGGAGUGGGGGUGUGCUGUAAAAGCUUCUGCAUUUUAAUCAUGGUAUAUUCAUGUUGGAUUGAAAUCUUUUGCAGCAAUUAUCUAAAUUAAGUGAGAUUUAAGAAGUUUUGUUAAAAUGCAUGUAUCGUUUUGUCAGGUUUGAUAUUGCUGGAGAUUGACACAGUACCAUCUUUGGUUUGAUCUUUGUAUGUUUGAAGCCACCCCCCACUCCUCGUCCACCAGAAAAAGAAAUUUAAAAAAAAAAAACUAAAAAAACAAGGCAAUCAGAAUCUACCUCAUUCGUUUUCAUGUAUUAUUCAUGUUGAGAUGUGAAAAGACUUUGCUCAGCUGUAGCCUUUUUAUAAACAUUACAAAAUAGAAAUUUGUAUGAAAUGUAGUAAUUUCCUAUAUCAUGGUUUUUGAGACCAACAUUUUUCUCCAUUCCAACAUUACCAUUCAGCAUUCUGUAACACAUCACUAGUUUCUAUUGAAACAUAUAUGUUAUAUCUUGACUUAAUUUUCUGCAUUUACUAACAUAACUGUACAAACAAAAUUUAACCUUUAGCCUGCUAAAUAUCUGAAAUGGACUAUUUGGGCAAUACCAUUUAUUAUUCAAAGUGGUGUUAACAGAAAAUUUGGUGACUGAAUAGCGAACAGCAAAGACCAUGAUCAGACUGCAUGGACGUGUAGGCUGAUAUUGGUCUGCACAGGUCGCAAAGACAGAAUCACUUGCCACCAGCAGGGUAAAGGUUAAAGUAGUGUAUCAUAUGUUUCUCAAUAUUAUAUUGUACAAGCUGUCUAUGAUCACACAUUAGCAUAUUUGGUUAAUGAAGCAUCGUUCACUAUGUUUUUUGUGAUAAAUACUCCAAGGGUCAUCAGUUUAAAACCUUAAUGGAAUGCUUCAUAUAUACGAGUUGGGUAAAUUUUUACAUAUAAUUAUAAUGGUAUUUUAAACAAGAAAUCUGAAGCUCACUAUGUAGAUAAUUAUGCUUUAUAAAUGGGCACCUUUCUUAAGCUGAUAUAUGCCUCUAGCCUCACAAAAGUUUUUGUUGUGGGUCAUGUUUAAAAUUGAUUUUUUGUAUGAAAAUUUUAAUCCAGUGCCAUCUUGGACUCCUGUCUCAUUCUUGUUAAAAUCUAGUCUACCAAGAGUAAAAUAUUUCUGUUACUACUGAAUGAACUUUUUUUCUGAACUUAAAAACAGUUAUUUCACAAGGUCCAUAACAGUAAUAAAACUUACUAGGAUGAUUUCUUGUAGUAAAAAGGUGCUUCCUACAGCUUAGGGGGGUGUCAUGACCGUAGUUCAGUCACAGUGACCUUGAGACUGAACAUUUCUAGUUAAUAGCUGGAAAACACUUAAAACUACCACAUUCAUACCUCAUGUGGUCUGUAGAUGUCCACACUUGUUGUAGAGGUCAGUAGGUCAAAGGUCAGGGUUUUCCCCGACGCAGGUUUUCUGCGUCCCUGACGUGCUUUUACUGCUUGGUCUGCACAUUUUUCAGUGCCUCUGCGUCCACUGGACCUGCAAAAUUGGUCACGAAACUCCUUUGCACUGAAGCCUCCCUUGUGAGAUACCCAUGUAUAAUGCACAGAUUUUUUACCCCAGGGACCACCCCCGAAUCGUGGGUGCGCAUUUAUACACAGGUAUAGACGAUUUUCCAACUUCAAAACAAAUUUUGUUACCGAUGUUCGCCAUUUUAGUUAAGGGAAACUACUCUCCGCGCUAACUGUCACCGCUAAAAUCUAAGAUUGCCGUUACGUUCCGUAAAAGAUCGAAUGGUUUAUUUUUCUUUCAAACAAAAUUAAUUUCAUAUAAAUUUAGAAGUAUUUUGAUAAAAGAAAUAUAAUUAAAUCACAAAAAUUAUGAUACUAAUUAAAGAUCGAGUAUUAUCUUUAACCGAGAUCAAACUGUGAACAACAUAAUUGGCAGGAGGUGACACGUUAACUGCCGGUAAUUACUGGCUAUUUGAUCGUAACAGAGAGUAUCACACCUUUUGUUAUCAGUCUGAAUUGAGAAGCUCAUGCCAUUUUGAAAGAUACCAUUCUGAAAUAUUGAAUCAUCUGCUAUCUAACUUAAAAAGAUACAAGUUCGUUCGGUUUUAGGGUAAAUUUUUACAGUAAUAAUGUCCAUUUUCAAGAUCAGUAAUUUGUGGACCCCUAAAAAUUAUUAGGGACCCUUAAAUUAGCAGCCAUGGGAGUCCAUGGACUCCCAAAUAAAAAACCCGAGGGAAAACCCUGAAAGGUCAAGUUCAAAGUGACCUCAAGACUGAAAAUGGUUUCUGAUCAAAAUCUUAAGAACACUUUGGCUUAUGGCUGUCAAACUUUGUGGAACGAUUACCUGUGGCCAGUUUUUGACCCCUGACCUUCGGGUCAAAAGUCAAGGUUACAUACCUUUCUCUGAGAUUUAAAAUGAUUUACCUCUGAUUGGCCGUCAUGGAUGGCAUUUGUGUGGUUCAAAUGGCUCUUGUAUAUUGUAUUUGUUAUAAUUGGAAAUAUAUGUUAUUUUGGAAAAUGUUAGUGAUUGUAAUGGGUGUUAAUAUUUUACAGGUUAUUUUUAAUUUCAUGUACAACUUGUUCUUUUUAUACAUUAAUGAUGAUCAAUGUUUUGGCUGUUGUUUGAAGAUGAAUGAUCGAAGUGAAGUUAACUGAUAUUAUUCUGUUUAUGAACUUGCUACGGCUGUAUUUUACUACUAAUGGUACUAUAACACUUGUGUGUUGUUCAUACAUUUAUGCAUUUACAUAUAAAUGUGUUCCAUAUUAUCUACGCAGCCAUUGUGUAAAGCAGCCUUAAUGAUAUUAUUUAUAUUUUGAAUCUUUUUUACACAUUAAAGUGCCUGUCUUUUCUUAAAGGACAAAUUUGGUAAAAUAUUUUUGUACAUAUGUACAACAGUUUGUCUUAUAUCUGUAUAAAGUAGUCUGUGGCUAUUUCAGAAAAAACAUGUUUCAGCAGGAAAAAGCAAGCAAAUGUCCAUGUCCACAUUCAGGACUGAGGGAAUUAUGAAUCUCAACUUACUGAUGCAUGUUUUCCUUGAUUUUACAUUGUUUGACUUCCUAAAGCAUGAAGUUUUGCCCUGUUGUUUUGUCUAAUUAAUGAAAUGUACACUUUUGAGUUUUGAAAGUAUAUUUUGUACUUAGAGCAGAGGUUUAUGACUACAUAAUACAGUUAACCCUGUACUAAGACCACCUGUAUACAGAGGCAACCUGCCUGUAAAAAACACAAGUUUCAGUUCCUUAUUAAAUGUUUACAGAGUAUUUUUACCUGUGAAUAAAGACCAACAGCCAAUAAAGACUAUUUCUUGUGCUGUACCAACAUUGGUCUUUAUAUACAGAUUUUACUGUGUAGGCUAAUUUUUUUCUCAUAAAUAUUUUUCUACCUAGCACUUUAUGAGGGUUUUGUUCUUUUUUCUAUUCUUCUUUAAUAACGACUGUUUACAUAUAUUGAACAUAACUUUAGAUUAGCAAUAAUUUGAUACUGCUUCUUAAUACUAGUGUAUACACAAUAACAUUUGCAAUGUAUUUAUACUGUUACUAUAAUUGUACCCCCCGACAACAAAGUUGUAAGGGGGGGUAUACUGGUUUCAGGUUGUCUGUCCGUAGACGCAAUCUUGUGCACAUCAUCUCUCCUUACCCCCUUGACAGAAUUUAAUGAAACUUCACACAAGUGAUCAGUACCAACAGAAGUUGUGCAUGGGGCAUGUUAGGUUCUUUUAGAAAAAAAAUUUGCAGAGUUAUGGGACUUUGUUUUUUUGUUACUAUACUAUAUACAUAGACACAAUCUUGUGCGCACCAUCUCUCCUCAUCCCCUUGACACAAGUGAUCAGUACCAACAGUAGUUGUGCAUGGGGCAUGUUAGGUUCUUUUAGAAAAAAAAUUUGCAGAGUUAUAGGACUUUGUUUUUUUGUUACUAUACUAUAUACAUAGACACAAUCUUGUGCGCACCAUCUCUCCUCAUCCCCUUGACACAAUUUAAUGAAACUUCACACAAGUGAUCAGUAACAACAGUAGUUGUGCAUGGGGCAUGUUAGGUUCUUUCAGCGACAAAAAUUGCAGAGUUAUGGGACUUCGUUUCUUGUUAACAUACUAUGUACACACAGUCUGCAUAUGCGUGCCUAAUCUACCAAACCCUUGAACACAAUUUAAUGAAACUUCACACAAGUGAUCAGUAGCAACCCUAGUUGUGCAUGGUGCAUGUUACAUUCUUUUAGAUAAAUAUUCUGCAUAGUUAUGGGACUUUGUUUUUUGUUACUGUACUGUAAACAUACAGUCUAUAUACAUACAGUCCACAUAAUUAUGCAAUCUUGUGUGCGUCAAAUUGCAAUGUACUGUGUCAGUGCAUGCGGGGGGUACAUUCAUCACCUUUAGUGAUAGCUCUAGUUUAUGUCUUAUAUAACAAUUUGGUACAAUAAGAUAUAAAUUCUUA